UGACAAAGAGAAAUCAAAAUAUCCGACAAGAAUGAUAUAAACAAACAAGUUCAAAGGUUAAGUAAAACAAAUACAUCCAAAAAGCACAGUAAAAUUAUUGAUGUACAAUAAAAAGGUUUUAAUCAGCCAAAUGUCUACAGUUCUCCCGUAACACCCAUAUCAAUUCGCAGCUUAACAGGUUUACCAUUUAAAAACAAAUACACUUGUGUUCUCGUUCACUACAUCACAAUUACCACUAACAAAUGUAUAAACAUACAUCAAACCAAAUUUUAACUACUUAUAAUGACAAGUUGUAUACCUUUGACUUUGAUAAUAAAAUGAAGCCGAACCAUAGUGACAAUGAUAAUGAUGAAGUGAUUCAUUAAUGCUUCUGAAUUAAAAAUACACAGUACAAUGAAUAAAUUAAUUCAGACGAAUCCCAAUUAAUUUCACUAUUUCACUUGAUAUUUUGUGAAAAUUCAGAUUCAAAGUGAAAGAUACAUUGACUCACAUUUAUUACCAGUACAUACAGCAUACACAAUAUCAUCAUCUCAGUGAACAAUAUUGAAAUGUUAUUGUCAAGUGAAUCUUGGACUAAAAUAUUCAUCCUGUGCAAUUGUAGUUUUAUAGUGUUUGGUGUUGUUCUGUUAGCACUCGGAAUUCAACCACAAAUCACAUUAAAUCAAUUCAGAACUAUACUACAAAAUGCGAAACCAGAGAUCUUCCUGAUUGUCAGUAUUUCAGGAGGUCUCGGUGUACUAGGAUCAUUUGCUGGCAUUUAUGGACACUCGAUGAAACAGAAAAUGAUCAUAUAUUUUAACAUUUUCAUUUUGUUUAUCGUGACUUGUAUGUGGAUCGGAAUGGCAUCGAAAAUAGCUUUAACGGAAGACAGGUUCCUUAAUUUGGUUAAUAGCUCACUGAGUUCUACUUUUAAAGAAUAUGAGAAACGAGUUGAUUGUCAAAUGGAGUUUGAUCAAUUACAAAAGAGUUUUUAUUGCUGUGGACCGUCAUCAUUCAAAGACUAUCCACAUGCAAAAAAUGGUCAUACAUCACUAUUACCUACUUCAUGUAAAUACGACAAAUUCGCAUAUCCUAAAGGAUGUGUAUCAGCAAUAAUUGAAUAUACACAAAAUCAUCUAAAUACAGUCAUGUAUCUAUGUUUCAUAUUCGGGAUUAUUCAAGCGGUCUACUUGUUAUUGUCAUUUCUGAAAAUACGUAAAUUUGAUGGUGACGAUUUUCUAUCUGCAUAAUUGUCUUAUUGAGACCAAAUGUUAAGAAGAUAUUCAAUGGAACCUAAUGUCAAUCAAACAACCGAAUCAUUGACUAUUCAUUACUCAUUCUAUUGUCAUUUGAUCUUACUUAUUUGUACACCAUUAUACACUAUUCUUAUCAACUGAAUAAUCAAUUUCUUCAUUAUUUUCCUUGUUUAAAUCAACUUGUUACUGGGAGGUAUUUCGAAAGAAAACAAACAAACAAUGA